CACGAGGACGCUGUAGCCGAGAUGAACAUUCAAAACCGCAAGCUUCUUACCGACUUCAGCAACGAAAAGUUGAGACUUGAGAAGAAAAAAGAGGAGGUGGACCGCGAGCUCGUCGUCAGAGAAGAUUCUAUCAAGGACUUGCAGUCUCAACUCGACCGCUUGAAGCAAGAAUACGGCGACCGCAGUGCUGCGACCUGGAGAGAAGAUUUGAAGCAANAAGAUGCAGAUAUACAACGUCUGGCUGAUGAAAGUGAUGAAGCAAAGCGUCGCCUCCAGAAGCUUCAGCAAGAUCUCGACCACGCACGUCAGUCAACCGAGAAGUCUUUGAGAAAGGGGGCACAAGAGUUGCAGGACAAGGAUCGUCAGAUUGAAAGUCUGAACGGAGCGAAUACUGCCGCGCAGGACAGUAUCAAGGCUCUGAAGCAAGAACUCGAGGAUGUCAAUCGCUCCAAGGAGACAACUGUCAGGACCAUCCAGGAGAAUGCGUCUCGCACGUCCGAAGAUGCCCAGAUCAAGUUGAAAGCCAUGGAGGCUGAUCUGACUGAAGCAAACUCCGCCAAACGUUCUUUUGAGACCAGACUUGGUGACCUCGAGAAGCGGUCUGGCGAUGCGGCUGAGCAGCGACAAAGAGAAAUCUCGGAUCUGCGACAAAGCUUGGAGAACGCCAACAGUCGUCUCAAGGAAAUGGAUGAACGUCAUACCCAGCAAUCGGAGAUGAUACGCCAGAAGGACGCCGAGACCGAAAAGCUGAAGCAGGACACCGAGAACUUGAAACGAGAUCAUGCCCAAGCUACUGCAGUUGCCACUCAGAUUUCCAACUCCCAACCACAGGAAGACACUCAGGAUCAAACAUCUACUCCACCUGCCAAGAAAGUCAGAAGAGCAGUCAACAGAAACGUCCGUUCGGUCUCGAAGCCUGCUAGCUCUGCCGCAUCUACCAAUGUGACCCAGCCUACAAGCAGCGCUUUUCAAAGCACGCAGCCAAAAAGUACCGGCUCAUCCAUCUUUGGGCCUUUCAGCGAGCCAAGAGGUAAUGGCCAAGUCGGUCGUCUGAACGAUCCUUCACAGGAAGAAGAGGAGAUGCUGGAUCUGGACAACUCACGAUUGCAGUUUGCGAAGACGACCUCGAGGCCUGCCAGCUCACAAUCAGAGGCACAGAGAGCUUUCAGUCUCGGUUCCCAAGAGGUCUUGGAUGCUGAAGGAGCGCAGACGCAACCUCAGUCACCUAAGCGUGUCUCGUCAUCCUCAUCUCUGAGCGAGGCCCCUGAUUUUGAUACAAUCAGAGAACAGCCACAGUUCCCAUGGGAAGAGUCACAAAGCCAGAAUCGCACGCAGGUCUCCCAGCAGCAAACCCAAACNNACAGCAGCAGUCGCUGGAUCUAA